AUGUUUCAAAAAGUACUAGCAAAGUCGUUGAGUAACAAGCCACUGAUGCUAACACAAAUAGCAUUGUCGUAAUUAAAUAUUUCUAAAUAUUCAUUUUUCAUUUUGAACCUGUAGAAACAAUUUAUUAUAUAUACUAUUAGCUAAGUAAUUGCAUAUUUAAUUAAGUCGAAAUAUAAAACUUAGUUAUUUUAAUAAUUUAAAAAAUAAAAAACUGACAAACAUUUCAAUUUAAUUUAUGGUUGGAACAAAAGACAGUUAUUUUUCAUUAAUUGAAAUAUUGCAAUGCAGAGUACUUUCCAAAAUACGCCGAGAGUAUUCCUGAUGGUGAAACGAGCGUUGCUUCAUCGAACGCAGCUAAAGAAAACAACAUCUAUGUAGUUGGUGGUACGAUGCCUGAAAUAGGGGGCGAUAAAUUGUACAAUACCUGUACUAUUUGGGGUCCCGAUGGAACUUUGAUAGCAAAACACCGAAAGGUACAUCUAUUCGACAUCGACAUUCCUAAUAAGAUUACUUUUCGAGAGAGUGAUUCACUCAGUCCUGGUAACUCCCUAACGACGUUCGAUGUGAAGGGCUGCAAAAUAGGUAUUGGCAUUUGCUAUGAUAUUAGAUUCGAGGAAAUGGCACGCAUUUAUCGGAACAAAGGCAUCAAGUUCUAUUUACACAUCGAACGUUGAAAUACGGCGAAAUACAAAAUGUACAAACCACUCUGGACAUUAAUUAACUUUAAACGUUAUUGAUUAAUUAAAGAAACCAACCAUUGUGUUGAUUUUUACAUUUUGAAAAAUUGUUAUCCACUUUUGCUUUGUUUAAAAAUUGAAAAAAAAUACGUUUAUUGUAAGUCACGAGUAUCUCUUUUAUUUAUUUAAACUUUAGAUCAAAUAUUACAAUUUAUAAAUAUAUCAUUUAUUUAGAUAUACUUGUAAUAUCUGUUUUAUAAGUUUGUACAACCAUUUAUCUAUUUAUCUAUUUUAUUUGCACAUAAUCUUUAAAGACUGAUUUUGUAAAGAAUAAAAAAUUGUGAUUCUAUUUAAAAACGAUCGUGUCAGACUCAAGUGAUAAGCGAUAUAUAUUUCAGCGAUAUAUAUAUUCAGAUUUCACCAUCACAUAAACGGUGCUAUUGGAAACGUUUCACAAUGGACGUCUUACAAGCGCCUGCGAUGUCCGUCAUAUGUAAAGCUAUACCACUGAAUCACGGCCGCCAUUUAGUGAUUAAGGUCGAUCACUUAGAGCUGUUAAUCCGACACAAUGGCGAGCAAUACAUCGAAGACAUUAUUGGAAACACAGUUACAGUUUAAUUUCAUUGAGCUUAUUUGCAAAUAAAUGUGUACAAUAUA